AUGCAGAUUUUUGUAAAGACGCUUACUGGUAAGACUAUUACACUAGAAGUCGAUAACAAUGACACAAUAGAGAACGUAAAAGCAAAGAUACAAGAUAAGGAAGGAAUUCCCCCUGACCAGCAGAGACUUAUCUUCGCAGGUAAGCAGCUAGAAGAUGGAAGAACACUUUCUGACUACAACAUACAGAAGGAAAGCACCAUCCACUUAGUGCUGAGACUGAGAGGAGGAGGAAAGAAGAAGAAGAGAAAGGCAUACACCACCCCAAAGAAAGUGAAAGUGGUAAAGGAGAAGAGAAAGCUUGCAUGCCUGUCUCACUUUGAUGUUAGCAAGGACGGCCAGGUCAAGAUACUUAAGAAGGUAUGCCCAACUUGCGGUCCAGAAAUAUUUAUGGCAAACCAUGCAGAUGGAUCCUUCUGCUCAAAGUGCUUCACUUCUGUUCUUUCAACAGGGAAGCAAUAA